AUGGUGGUGGGGCUGGGGGUGAGGAUGGCGGUGGUGAUGAUGAUGAUGGUGGUGGCGGGGGGAGGAAGGGGCAGAGGAGUGUCCAUGCAGCGAGCUAAGGUGUGUGUGCGUUCUGUCACCUUGUCGGGGGAGAGUCACCUGAGACUGGUGAAGUCUAAAGACAUGGUGCCAGAGAUUGAUGAUCAUGAGGCUGCAUAUCUGGACAACACAGGUAAGACCAACGUCCUGUCCAGAGAGGACUGGUGGCAGCUGCUGGUGAGCUGCGUGCAGACGAUGAGCGAGGUGAAGCGCUACGAGGAGUCUGAGCUGCUGGUGGAGUCUGCCAUGGAGUUCUACUCCUUCUACGACAACAAGCCGCGGAGGAAGGAGCUGGAGUUCUUCGGCCUGUCCGCCACCAUCCUCGACCACAACUACUACAAAGCAUACAACUACAUCAGAUUGAUGUUGAUGGAAAAUCGGGAUCAGCCUCAGCUUUGGAAUAUUUUCAACCAGCUGACUAUCACCUCCCAACACCAGCGUCACCAUCGCUUCUGUCUGCGCCUCCUGCUGAAGCAUCCUGACAACCACGCCCUGUGUUUCCUGUGCGGUCACAACGCCAUGGUCUCCGGAAGCUUCAAACAUGCCCUAGGCCAGUAUGUCCAGGCCUUCCAGACUCACCCCGACACCCCCCUCCACAGCCUGUGUGUGGGCCUCACCUUCUUCCACAUGGCCUCUCAGAAAUAUGUGGCCAAACGCCAUGCGCUGGUGCUACAGGGUUUCUCCUUCCUGUGGCGGUAUGUGGAGCUGCGGGGAGUGUGUCAGGAGAGCAUGUACAACCUGGGCAGAGCGCUGCAUCAGAUGGGCCUCACAUAUCUGGCUAUACAUUAUUAUCAAAAGGCACUGGAGCUGCCUGCUCAGAAACUCGAGGGUAUCCCUGACGAUCAGGUGGAUCUGAGCAGAGAGAUCGCCUUCAACCUGUCUCUCAUCUACCAGGCCAGCGGGAACAUGAACAUGGCCCAGCAGAUCAUCAAAACACACUGCGUUGUCUGAAAAAAGAAUAAAGAUAUUUAUCUAUCCCAGGUGGAAAUUGGGUUUUCUGAAGAAAUGAAAAUAUUUAUUUACACAUAAGAAAAAAGUAAAUAAAAAAAUGUCCAAAUUGUACAAAAAGGUAAAUCAUACCUUUUAUACAGAUACACAAAAUAAUAAAAGUUUAAAUGUAUUCAGAGAUUACAUUUUUAAUUAGAAAUGUAUUUAUUUCUGUAUUGAUUCAUUUAUAAGCAAGGCAUCUUUGUCACAAACCAGCUGUACAUAUGUAUAUAAAUGCUGUCAUUUCAGUUAUGUUGUACAUAAGGCUGUGAGAUUUAAGAGUUUUUCAUAGUAUUGAUAUUUUUCUAGUUUUGGUAGCACUACUGCUAAAUUAAUUUAGAAAAUGUCAUAAUUGUUCCAGUCCCAUUUUAGCAAAUGUCCGAUUUUCUUAUGAAGGAUUUGAUUUACGUUUGCAUUAUUUAUAAAUGUAUAUACAGUCCUAAAGCUUCAGUAAGAGUAUAAUAAAACUGCUAUAACCCAUCAUGUAAAGAAAGUCAUAUUUGUUUUAUAAAGAAUUUCACUCCAACCAAA